CUCAGAAGCCUGAAGACACAAGAGCUUCCAGAUUCUAAAGACAUGAUCCGCCUACUGCUGCUGCUUCUGCUGGGAACAGUCUAUGCUCAGGAACCUGAAUAUUGUUUUGAAGAUGACGUUGAUGAGCUAGUCAAUCCCAGCAGCCAGGAGGAUGACAAUGACGUGCCCGAGGACCCAGAAGAAAUGGAUCCUAAGGACCUCAAGUUAGAGAUGAGCCACAAUACCUCAUUGGAAUGUGACUCAGAAGCCACCUGCCAUUACAGGCUGUAUACCCGUGGAAAGAGUUUCUCAAAAGCUCAGACUGUGUGCAAAAGUCACAAAGGAAAUCUGUGUUCCAUUCGAAAUUCCUGCAUCAACAGCCGACUGAGAGCUUUUGUCCGACGUUAUAAUCAAAAGCUAGCAUGGAUCGGUGUCUGGAAACCAUCUUGUUGCGGAUACCGUAACAUUGAUGGACAAAAGUUGAAAUAUACCAACUUUGCCAGAAGACAGCGCAAAACGUUAGGAAGAUGGUGCGUUGCCCUAAACGUAGCAACUGGAAAAUGGAUUUCUGUCAGUUGCUCUAAACAACUUCCUUACAUAUGCAAAUUAUGA